AUGUCCAAAUACAGACUAGCGCUAGCGGAUCGCUGCCCGCGCGUUCCCGGAGCAUCAACUGCAAAAUUCAAUGUAUCAACUACCACUUUGCCUCAGCUUGGAUGUGAUACAAUAUGUCAGACUUACUUUAAAGCCGGGUUGGCCGCCGAUGUCGAGAUGUUCGGUACGAGCUUCGAUUCCGACUUCUACAGCACCGCAAGCAACUUUACAGGCUCCGCUGCAGGUGAUCUGCUGAAGUUCGAAUUUCCCGGCACCAUUGGAGUCUUCGCCGGCUGUCCUCCCACCACCACCACAGAUCUCUACGACUACCACAGCUGGAGUCUCCUGAUUGAGGACGGGUACGCGGUCGUCGUGCCAGACUACGCGGGUCUCGGAAACAAUGCCACCCUCCACAAAUACCUCUCAUUCCCUGCCCAUGCCAGUGACCUCUACUACGCCAUGGUCGCCGCGUGCAAGGCGUUACCCCAUACCUUCACCUCGGAAUGUAUGAGUGUGGGCCAUAGUCAGGGAGGCGGUGCUGUUUGGAAGCUUUCAAAGAGUGAGCUGGUCAAAACCCACGGCGCGGGAGAAUACCUGGGCACCGUGGCUUUAGCACCCGCCAGAAGGAUCUACGAUAUGACAGUGCUCACGGCUGAGACCAUUCUGACAGGCAGCAGCUAUGCAAGCUACGAUCGCGUCAUCCCCGGGAUUGACCUCUCCUUCUUCUCCGCCACCUUCCUCCAGCGCGUCCAGAUCGCUGAGCUCGCGCAGGCAUGCUACUAUAGCAUCAUGUCGCUGGGGUACAGCCUGACACCGCCAGAGAUUAUUACAAACACGAGUGCACUCGUGAACAAUGCCCCGUUUCAGGCGUGGCAGAACGCAACGGCCCCUGCUAAUGGAGGUACUGCGGAAACACCGAUGCUCAUCGUUCAAGGAUUGAAUGACACCGCCGUCCUGCCGGAGAUUACCGUUCGGUCGUUCAACGCGAGUUGUCUAUCGGGGAAUAAGGUGCAUAUGAGCCUCUAUGCGGACAUGGACCACACCGAUGUCUUGACGGCGAGUUCUCCUGAGUGGCUGGGGUUUAUUCGGGAUCGCUUCGCGCGGGAGACGACCAGUGGCAGGUGUAGUGCAAUCCAGCGUACACCCUUUGACAGGGCUCAUUUAAAAGCAAUUUCUGCACGGCAUACGGCCCGACCGUCCAGGCAGAUGACUCUGCCCCUCAACCCCGCAACCACUAAACAACUCAAUCGUCUUCCCCAGAAGCCAUGCGUCAAUGCAUGUCAGUCUAAAAUGUGGCUAAUUCAAGCGAUGACUUGUCGCGGGUAA